AUGAGGAGGAACUGUACUAUACCUACUAGCAGUUCAGGCGGAGGUAGUAGCACUGGUAAGUGUUACGUGUGUGAGCAAACUGGACACUUUGCACGCCAGUGUCUUAACAGAAAACCAGCUGGGGGUACACAAGCUAAGAAACCUAUCGGAGAUCGACCCAGAGCACCGGGGCGAGCCACCCAUUCAUUCGUGUCUAAUGAAUGCGUGAGGAGGCUCGGACUUGCGAUGCGAGAGCUGGGGUGUGAACUGAUAGUUGCGACACCAGCAUCUGGCGAGGUUUCCACCACUUUCGUGUGUGUGGGGUGCCCUAUGGAGGUGGCAGGGCGCAGGUUGAAGUUGAAUCUUAUUUGCCUGCCAAUUGAGGGUUUAGACGUAAUUCUGGGCAUGGACUGGCUGUCGAGCAACCAUGUUGUCAUCGAUUGCGGGUGGCGUAGGGUAGUGUUCCCAAAUAUAGCUGGGUUGGAGCUUAUCUCAUCUAAUCAGGCUGUGAAGGAGAUUGAGGCGAGAGCUACAUGUUUAUGA